AUGAAGAAGGAGGGAGGUAAUAAUGAAUUGGGUCUCAAGCUAGACAUGAAUAAGGCGUAUGACCGAGUGGAAUGGGACUUUCUUAAAGCGGCCCUUAUUCGAUUUGGUUUCGCCCAGUCUUGGGUGAACCUUAUUAUGGCAUGUGUGUCCUCCGUUUCUUUCUCCAUUGUCCUCAAUGGCUGCCCGGGAAAAUCUUUCUUUCCUGGAAGAGGACUUAGACAGGGAGACCCACUGUCCCCAUACCUUUUUCUGAUAAUUAGUGAAGUUUUAUCAGUGAGAUUAACUAGAGCAGUCCAAGACAAGUCACUACUAGGAAUCAAGCUUUGUAGAAGGGGCCCCACCCUGUCUCAUAUGUUUUUUGCAGAUGAUGCCUUAUUUUUUCUCAAAGCCACACUUGGUAAUGUAUGCAGAUUAAUGGAGAUUUUCAAGGAGUAUUGCAAGGCUUCAGGGCAGUUGAUAAAUGGAGAAAAGUCAAGUGCUUACUUCUCCCCUAACACUCCAGAUCAAAUGUCCAGAUUAUUAGGUGAGCUUAUGGGUUUCGCUGAAGUUGAGGACCCCGGAAAGUAUUUGGGUUUACCCACCUUAUGGGGUAGAUCAAAGAAAGAGGCAGUUGGUUACAUUGUUGACAGGGUACAAAGGAAGUUGGUUGGAUGGAAACAAAGGUCACUAUCUUGGGCGGGAAAGGAGAUUCUUAUCAAAUCGGUGGCCACAGCUAUUCCGGCUUACCCCAUGGCAUGUUUCAAAUUUCCUAAGGGAGUGUGUGACACCAUCAACUCAGCUUUGAGUAACUUCUGGUGGGGGUCCACUAGCACGGGCAACCGGAUUCACUGGAAGAGUUGGGAGCUCUUAGGAAAAACAAAGGAGGAAGGUGGUCUUGGCUUCCGAGAUUUACAUCAAUUCAAUAUGUCUUUGCUGGCAAAACAGUGCUGGCGGCUUGUGGAGGAGCCUAAUUCUCUAUGGGCCUCCGUCCUCAAGGCUAGAUAUUUCCCAAAUUGUGGUUUUUUAGAAGCUACUAAAGGCUAUCGAGCGUCGUGGAGCUGGGCGAGUCUUAUUGAAGCCAGAGAUCUGGUUUUUCAGGGGUGUUGUUGGCAGGUGGUAAAUGGUAAGUCUAUACAAAUUUGGCAUGACUCUUGGAUUCCCCCUCCGAGCAUGGGUGGCGGUAUUCUUAUAGAUGGGGCUUUACCUCCAUCGUCCCCUCAGCUGGUUGACUCUCUAAUUGACUGGGACACUCAUACUUGGCGUCUUGAUGGAGUAGCCAAUGUACUCAGCCGAGAGGCUGAGGAUCGGAUUCGCUGUAUCCCUAUUGGGGAGGAGGAUGGGAAUGAUAGACUAUUAUGGCCUUGGAGUAAAAAUGGAUCUUUCACUGUUAAAUCUGGCUAUCAUUGGUUACAUCAACAAAGCUCCAUGAAUGCAAGUCCUCUGGUUAUUACUGGGACAUCGCAUAGAGUUGGUAAGAAGAUGUGGAGACUUUUGUGGGGAAUGCCGACUCUACCUAAGGUUAAGCUUUUCUUUUGGCAAGUAAUGGGAGGAGUUGGUCCUAACUUCUCUAACCUUUAUAAGAGAAAGCUCACCAGCUCUCCUAUGUGUCCCCUGUGUGGAUUAGAGGACGAAACUUUUGAACACUUAUUACUAUUGUGUAGUUGGGUGUCCCCUAUUUGGUUUGGUUCUCCUAUGGGGUUGAGGAUUGACAAGCAACAAAUUACUAUGGUGGACUCAUGGUUCAUCAACUCCUAUUCUAGUAUUGUGGGAACCAAACAGAAGGAGUUUUUUCUAACUAUGAGCAGUAUGAUAUGUUGGAUGAUAUGGAAAGCUAGGUGCAAUUAUCUAUACAAGGGGAUUCCCGUGUCUCCUCAGUCUACUCUACACCUAGCAAUCAAUCUUGCAAUGGAAUUUAUGGAAGCAAAAGCAACUCAACUCCAGACAACAGACUCAUUGAUUCGGGAUCAUUCUGGAGCUUUAGUUGGUGGUGCUUCAAUGAGGAUUCGUUGUUCUUCACCGAAAAUUGCAGAGGCGGAGGCCAUCCUCCUUGGUGCAUCUACUGCAGCCUCUAACAGGUGGAGGAAAGUGGUAUUAGAGUCAGACUCUCAAGCAAUUAUUGAGGAGUGCCGGAAUCGGAAGAACAAGAACUGGAAAAUUUACCCGAUCAUAAGUCGAAUCCGGAAGCUGUGUUCGAGGUUCGCCGAUUGCAUCUGGAGCUGGGCUCCGCGUGAAGCGAAUGGCGCCGCCCACUGUGCCGCCGCGCUUGCCUCUCGGACUGUGGGUCUGAAAAGAUGGGCUCACCAGCCACCACGGUCCAUGAUCUCUGUACUCAGAAAUGACAGUCUCCCUUGUCCUCCGGUGCCGGGGGAUCAAACAGAGUGA